CAACGUGCUGGUUUUUAUUAAUCUAUCUUGCCCCGGGCCACUCCGAGUCACCUCCGCCGAGUCACCUCCGGUUUAUUUCCAUGUCCGGCUCCGCUUAAGCCGGAGUGGGCCCGAGUCUUCACGUCGAUCCGGAGCAUGCUUCCCCUCAUCCCUCGACUCGGGCUAACCUCGGGCGGGUCCGGUAUGGUCCGGCCGCAGCCUCAGGCUGAGGUGCCCGCCGCCGGCCGCGGCGGGGCGGCCCACUCGGGGGUUGAGCCACGGUCCGAGACAACUAGACGUAGUCCGAGUCAUCUUCACUGUAACCUGCGUCCGAGUGAGUCUGCUGGAAGUAGAUUUGCGCCGAUUUCAAGUUGUCCUAAGCUGACAUGUUUUUAAUGUACCGUAUCAAUACCUACGGUACCCAGGCAUUGCAUCAGCCUGAGGCCGUUACCUCGCGGCGCCAUGUUAGGGGCCACAACCUCGCACGCCAUUGAUUUCGUCGUCGCCAUUUCUAAUACAGAUUUGUUGUAUCAGGCAUUAGAGCGUGUGACUGAUUUCCCAGCUUCGAAUGUGACUGAAAACAACAAAAACAUUCUCUUACUCAGGCCGCGAAUUUCUUACUCUCCCAUAAACUGCAAAACUCCCAGUCCAACACCGAGGCAUGCGUUUCCACAGUCCCUAUUUGCGACAAGACCGCUCGCGUUCAAUUAUCCUGUUGGAGAUUGCAUGGUCACGCAUCUAUCAAAGCUUAUUGAUGUCUCUCGUUUUAGACUUGCACGUCAGUGGCAGGGACCAUCAACCCGCCAUUUUUGCGGUGGAGAUCGAGAUAUUAUUGUAGGAAAUGCACUUCGCGAGGUGACUCUGGAAGGGAUAAAACGCAACUUGCCGAUGAAAUUCCUCGUGCAAAACAAAAAUCACGCUCUUGCGCAUGCCAAAGCAGCCACUCUGCUCUGCAGGGUUGCAAAUAUGAGAGCAGCAAAUAGAAUAUCAAGUACAUGGGACCGUUGGAUAAAGUUGGUAUAUGUUUCUAGAGCCAAAUCCAAGACCCAUGCUGCAAAUGAAAUCAAAACCUUUGUCCUUUUAGUGUUAAGAGGAGUUGUAAUGGAUACAAGGUUUUCAUUGGUGCCACAUAUUAAUAGAAAACUUGAAAUAAGAGUCAAAAACGCUCCAAGACAACUUGUGUGGCAUUAUGCUAGAAUAUUUAGAGCCUUUCGGCGUUAUAAUAUGCUGAAAGAGGUGGCAGCUGACCACUUGCGAGAACAUGCCACAAAGGGAAUCCAGGGACUAGUGCGAAGACGUCGAGAUGGUGGCAAUAUGAAACCACAUCACUUUCACAUUGGGGCUUUUGCUGCUGGCUCCAUCCAGCGUUUACAACGAGGCAACAUUUCGCGAGUGCGUGCAAGACAGUCUAAGCAUCGUCAUAAUCAGCGGCUCGUUCUUUCUCGCUAUUGCAGCACAAACGCUUCAACAAACUACAAUUUUGAGCAGCAAGGUGCGGCGCAUAAAAUUCAGUGCUGGUUUUUGCUGCAACCCCACCGCAAUCGCAUAGUUUAUGCUAGUAGUUUGCAAAUGACAGUUUCUAGAAUCCAGAGUGCAUUCAGACAGAGGCGGCUGAGAAUCAAAGAAAAUGCAAAAGUGUGGUUUGCUGCAAUAAAAAUUACAACUUUUUUGAGACAGCAUAAUGUACGCAUGAGAACAAACUAUAAGCUCAUAACCACAAACAUGAAGGCAACGACGCAUUGCAACUGCAGACUUCAGCAGAAGCAUAAUAUUAUUCGCCGCGACUUGCUGCGAGCUAUCCACAAAGAGGAUAGAUCGCACAAGGCGAUAGAACGCCAAAUCAUUCAUAUACAGUCAUUGCAGCGAGGGCACCUUGCAAGGAAGCUCCCUGGUGCGUCUCGGAUAGAGCGCGUGUGAUGCAGAGUCACCAAUUUUUCAUCGGUAAGAUAAGUCACUGUGCAGGUAAUUCUCACCCAGAAAUUUCUCAAACGCUGGAUCCAGCAUCAACUUGGGAAAAGGGCACACCAUUGUCUGUUGUCCUUGGCAUCCUGGACAGCAUUGAUCGCUAUUCUUGAUUUCAAACUGAGAAUAAAAUACGCCACGGUCAUUGUGGCGUGCUGGCGUAGGUACCGCAGAUUUACGCUACACUUCUCAAAAUGCAAGUUGAUGAAUGAAAUCGCGUGUGUAUUUGCCGACAGUAUCAAGCGCAAUCUAUACUGUCAAAAUCAUAAAGUAGCAGAAAGACAGCACUAUAGAGUAGCAGAAGCACAUCUAGCAGGUCGCUCAAUGUUCGAGCGUACGCGCGAAACGAAGAUUCAGCAUCAGAUUUUGGUGCAAUCUAAUGUUUGCAAUCGUGAUCAUAACGCUGAACUUCAGCGAAUAUUUGUGACAUACUGUAGCUAUGGUCAAAAGGAAAAUACGAGUCUACUAGGAAUUGGGAGCUUCUUACGGCUACUAAAAGACUCAUCAAACGUAAUGUGGCCAUCAAACGCCGCUGGCCUGCGACCCUGUGAUGUUGAGCUCAUGUCUAUGAAGAAUCGCAAUCACAGUAACGCCGGAGCUGUUGAUAAGCACUUGCGCUAUAGCGAGUUUCUGCAGACGAUUCAUAGCCUCGCAAGCAUUUUCUUCAAUUCUUUACUUUUUUGCAAUGAUAGGCUCACCGAGCCUGAUGCCAAGACCUGUGCCUUCCUACAACAGCAUGUAUUCCAAUCAAAAGUGGCAAAGUAUCACACUGAUAGUCUGCGCUCGCUGUCCUGUGUGGGUCGUGUGGACUCGCAGUUACAUGUCUUCUCACAGAGAAUUAUUUCAUUGUGGCGAAUACACCAUUCACGCGUGUUGUUUGGCUUGCAAAAGAGCAUACAGCUGAGUCACUCAGAAAAAGGACAGCAAAUAUCCUCUGCAGUUUGUAUUCAGCGAGUCUGGCGUAGUUUUUCUAGCCGAGAAGUAACUUAUAGUUACGCACGUGGUGUAUAUGACUUAUUUGUGGACUUUGAGUCAGGUUGUGAGUUUUGGUUUAAUCGAUGCACUCGAGCCUCCCUCUGGACAAAGCCUCAAAUACUUGUAAAUAAGGACGUCAGGAAGCCCAUUUUUAUGCCCAGUAAAGGCUCGAUAUUUGAGGUCUCAUGUUCUGAGUGUUCUGCUAGCUCCGUGUCAACGUACUGCAUCGAGUGCAGGAAGCUAUAUUGCAACCAGUGUAGCGUGUUGCACAGCUGCAAUCACAAUCUUGUAAGCAUUGAAAUGUGUGUAUACUGUCACUUUCAAAUAAGUGCCCUUCCGCGUUUGAAAAAAAUGACCAGCAGCAACAAAUGUGUACAUUAAGUAGGCACAAAGCGUUGUGAAAAAUGCAAUGAUCACUACUGUGACACUUGUUUUGAAGAUCAACAUUCCAUGGGCUCACUCCAAUUUCACAGCUACGAGGAAAUGGUGCCUUGGACUUACGAUGUACUCUCCCUCAAACGUGUAUCAUAGGUGCCGCACUGUGACAACUGCAGGCAGCAUGCUGCUCGCAAGACGGGUGGUUGUUUGCAAAAGAAACAAUUUUGCUUACAAUGCGCAAAUAAAGUCCCAAAGGGAGAAUGGGAGCGGCUUGGUGAUGUCGCCUACGUGCCCAAAAUGACCACGGAGCAUCAACAACACAGGAAAAGAAAAAUCACUGAACAACCAUUGCGCGACCUGAGAGUCAAUAUGAAGGGAAAUCCCCUGGGCAUAGUACAAAUACAGCGCAUUUGGCGCGGGUCUAGAGGCCGCAGAAGCUCAGCAGUACAUGCCUUUGAACGAAAGCUAUGGCUAACACAGCGAGCUGCAGACAAUCACCGGCGCAGGAAACGGCGCUAUCAAAUUGCCUGUUUUUUUGGCAGGGGAAACCUUCUGGAGAGUGACACACCACGUGAGACGGUGAUUAAAAAGGUACCAUAUUGGUCGCGAGUCACUGUGGAGGAUAUUGUUCACGACCGGUUAAUAUCCCAUGAAGAAAGAAAAUAAUAUAAAAUAGCAAACUAUUGAUACCCUAGGUGGACUGAAUUUGCAGGCUAUGUCAAAGAGCAAGAUUCUUUUGUAAAAAAACACGGCUCGUUGGGUGCAAGGUCAUAUAUAGACCUUAAACUGACCUGGUUGCAUUUGAAAGUAAAAAGCUGGGUUGCGAAAAUAAAAGCUGCAAGGGCAAAGCGCGGAUUUUACACCACACAAGUUGCAUUUCGCAGGUCAAGUCAGUGUUCGACUGCCAAUCUGUUCUCAUGUCUUAAGGCUUAUGUUCAGGUCUCGAUCAGCAGACACCGACAGGAAACUGCAGGAAAAGCUGAGGCUGCGCAUGCGCGCCAGUCGCCAAGAUCUUCAGCAACGCCUGAGGCUUAUUGAAAUAAUCGAUCGUGAGCUGAAGGUAGUUCUUAGCCGAAACGCACAGCUGCUAGGACCUCGCAGAAUGGAGGUAAGGGUCCGGGAGGCGGUCGUGUGGGGGAUGGAAUUAGAACAUUUCGCUCUUUCAGCUCAGAAAAAUAGUCAAUAUGUAGAGCAUGCUCGUUUUGAUGCUUUGGCAGUCAGCGCUUCUGACAGGAUUCGAAUUGGAAGUUCACCGAUUAAAUAUUGUUCUUCAAGAGAGUUAGGAUUACUGAACAAACUGAUGCUUAAAGUCAGCCCCUCCGUCGCACCUGCACCUAACUUUUGCUUGGGAUCAGUAGACCCAGUAAAUCACCAGCGUAGUGUAUCAGUCGACAUGUACCGUCUCGACACAGCUACGGAUAAUGGAGCUACACAAUAUAUACAUAGGCAAGAAAUUCGUACAACUCGCAUCCUUCUAAUUUGACCAAGGCCAGGCUUCAUCGGAUAUGGACCCAUGAGGACAAUGAAUACUUGAAAGUGUACAAGUUGCCCAGAGGACUGUUCUUGAACUCGUUUUUCUCACGUCUUUGUACUCAUCUGCGAAGCAUCUAUUAUUCCUCUGCGGUUAUCCUCUGACUAAAUGCGCCAUAGGUGAAUUUGCUUCUGGGAACUUUCUCACUCAGCUUGUGUUAAAAUGGAAUAUCAGGAUGCUGGCUUUUUAUCGAGAUCAAAUCACGCAUAUAUCCACCCGUAUGGACUCUGAGUCUGCAUCAAAAGCGACACUGGAGACGCACGCCGCAAAACUACAAAAGAAGGUCAUCAAACAAGAACAUGAUCUCUAUCAGCCGUUAAAAAAUCAGAAAGCCUUUUGGCAUGGGCAAGCUCGGCAAUGAUUCCAUUUUUUCUUAUUGCAAUAGACGCGUCACUUUAAGGUAGCGUUUUGGAACAGGGCACGACACUCAACAGGCGCCCCCAGCUUGGGUGUCUAUUAAAGCAUCUAAAAUCGCCAAGUGAGGUAAAUGCGCCUGGUAGGGGAUAGGUGCGAUUCUUUGAAAUUUCAGGUGAAAGUCCCUGUGCUAGUUUAUUGUCAGAACAACGGUGCUGUUGGUGAUGGGCACGACAAAACGGUGGAAUUGUUGAGAUUAAUCUCAAUUGUCCAUUGUCCAUUACAAGGAUACUUUGAGGCGAACCUCUUGAUGUGGAUACCCGCGCCACGGACUCCUCUAAAGACCAGCCGGCACGCAUGGACACCCGCAGAAGAGGUGUUCGGGGCGCUAAGUGCAGCCCUUAAUUUUGUUAAUUUUGGAAAAA